GGAGUUGCUCUGUGACCCAGGCUGGAAUGCGGUGGUGCAAUCUCAGAAACUCACUCUCUACCAAUACGUUACUAUUGCAUUUUCCCAUACCUACAGGACCUCAUGAGCCAUCAAUUUCUUCUAUCCCUUCCACCAUCCUACUUACAGCAGAUAUACAUCUUAUUCAUAGGAAACCAUCUAAUCACCUUCCAGAUGUAAAGCUCUCAACCCUGCCACCCUCCUCCCUGUAAACACCUCUGACUCUAAGCUCUCUCACUCCCCACUGGACCUCUUAGACUCCCUCUCCUCCCAAUUCCAACACAUUUUGGAAGCCCUUUUGCAGGGAACACCUACAUGGUUCAUUAAGGAAAGAUCUUUUUUUUUGAGACGGAGUUUCGCUGUUGUUACCCAGGCUGGAGUGCAAUGGCACAAUCUCGGCUCACCACAACCUCCGCCUUCUGGGUUCAAGCAAUUCUCCUGCCUCAGCCUCCCGAGUAGCUGGGAUUACAGGCGCGCACCACCAUGCCCAGCUAAUGUUUGUAUUUUUAGUAGAGACGGGGUUUCACCUUGUUGACCAGGAUGGUCUUGAUCUCUUGACCUUGUGAUCCACCCACCUCGGCCUCCCAAAGUGCUGGGAUUACAGGCUUGAGCCACCGUGCCCAGCCAUUAAGGAAAGAUCUUUAAAAGAGAUCCAGCAUCUGGUUACCUCAUCGUUGCCAAAACAAACACCUAGAAUCCAAUGCUCCCCACCCCGUACUACCUCUGAACAGGCAGAACUACCUCUCAACAGGCAGAACUUGUUACCCUAACCAGGGCCCUCACCCUAACAAAGGGAGAGGGUUAACAUUUACACCAAUUCCUGGCCGGACAUGGAGGCUCAUGGAGUUUCACUUUUGUUGGCCAUGCUGGAGUGCAAUGGCAUGAUCUCAGCUCACUGCAACCUCUGCCUCCUGGGUUCAAGCAAUUCUCCUGCCUCAGCCUCCUGAGUAGCUGGGAUUACAGGCAUGCGCCACCACGCCCAGCUAAUUUUGUAUUUUUAGUAGAGACGGGGUUUCUCCAUGUUGGUCAGGCUGGUCUCAAUCUCUGGACCUCAGGUGAUCUGCCUUCCUGGACCUCCUAAAGUGCUGGGAUUACAGCGACUUUUAAAGAUUUGCAGUGACUUUUAAAGACAAUGCAAAACUCCUCCCAAUGUUACAAUAUCAUUCUAUUCCCACCAGCAAUGUAAGAAGGUUUAGUUUUGUUCAUAUUUCUUUCAACACUUGUUAGAGUCUUUUUUUUUUCAAGACCGUGUUUCACUCUUGUUGUCCAGGCUGAAGUGCAAUGGUGAGAUCUCUGCUCACUGCAGCCUCCGCCUCCCGGGUUCAAGAGAUUCUCCUGCCUCAGCCUGCCGAGUAGCUGAGAUUACAGGCGCCCGCCACCACACCCCCUAAUUUUUGGAUUUUUAGUAGAGACGGGGUUUCAACAGGGGGCCAGGCUGGUCUCAAACUCCUGACCUCAGGUGAUCCACCUGCCUCAGCCUCCCAAAGAGCUGGGAUUACAGGCGUGAGCCACCACGCCACGCCAUGUCAUUUUUAUUACAACCCUUCUAAUGGUAUGAAAUGUGGCUUCAAUUCGCAUUUCUCUCACAGCCAAUGAUGCUGAAUGCUUAAUGUACCCAUUGCUCACUGUGUAUCUUCCUUGAUGUCUUUUCAAAUCUUCUGCCCAUUUAAUGAGGUUCUCUUCUCAAAGUCUUUUUUUUUAAACAGCUUAUUGAGCUAUAAUUCACAUACCAUAUAAUUCACCCAUUUUGCACUAUUCAAUGAUUUUGGCACAUUAUUUUUAACUGUGGUAAACUACACGUUAAAUAAAAUGUAUGGAGCCCCUUUUUUUCGGGCCGAGCUCCUGCACUAGAGGCCAGUAGAACCGCCCAAAGCGGAACCGAGUCACCCGCGCUGGCUGCCACCGACCGGAAGGGACACGGGCAGCUCUCAAAACUGCGGAGGCGCAGACCGUCCACGCGGGACAGGGGAAGUUCCCGCCCGUUCCCCCGCCGCCCACCCGGACGCCGACUUAAGCCAGCGAGCUCCACACCGUCAGGUCCCUGGAAUUGUGAUCCCGACCACUGGACGCGUUUCCCGCUUUACCCUCCUCUGCGCGGGCAGGGAGGGAGACGCCGGCCCAGGCUGCAGUUUCUACCUCAGAAACGGAAACAAAACACCGCCUUCUGCUUCCUUUUUCCUUAGGGAAAAAAAAAAACCGCCUAGGACGAAGUCUAGGACCCCGACCACGACCCCCGACUCUCCGGGGCAGGAGGGGACCGGACCUGGCACAGCCUCGGCUCCGCCCCUCGCCCCAGCGGACCACAGAGGGGCGGCCUUUGCCGCCCAGAGACACUUCCUAGAGCGGCCCGGAAGUGUCCCUAGGAGCGCUUCCGGGAAUUAGGCCCUCUUUUGGCUGCAUCGGCUGGGCUUUGCUGGCGCCAGGCAUCUGCAUCUGGGACCGACCUCCUGGGCUGGCUGAUCAAGGAGGAAGCAGCAGCAAUGUCUGCUGUGGGGGCUGCAGCUCCUUACCUGCAUCAUCCUGGUGAUAGUCACAGUGGCCGAGUGAGUUUCUUGGGGGCCCAGCUUCCUCCAGAGGUGACAGCCAUGGCCCGGCUACUAGGGGACCUAGACAGGAGCACAUUCAGAAAGUUGCUGAAGCUUGUGGUCAGCAGCCUGCAGGGGGAGGACUGCCGAGAGACUGUGCAGCGUGUUGGAGUUAGCGCCAACCUGCCGGAGGAGCGGCUGGGUGUCCUGCUGGCAGGCAUGCACAUGCUGCUCCAGCAAGCCCUCCGUCUGCCCCCUACCAGCCUGAAACCCGAUACCUUCAGGGACCAGCUCCAGGAGCUCUGCAUCCCCCAAGACCUGGUUGGGGACUUGGCCAGUGUGGUAUUUGGGAGCCAGCGGCCCCUCCUUGAUUCUGUGGCCCAACAGCAGGGGGCCUGGUUGCCCCAUGUUGCUGACUUUCGGUGGCGGGUGGAUGUGGCAAUCUCCACCAGUGCCCUGGCUCGCUCCCUGCAGCCGAGCAUCCUGAUGCAGCUGAAGCUGUCAGAUGGGUCAGCAUACCGCUUCGAGGUCACCACAGCCAAGUUCCAGGAGCUGCGGUACAGCGUGGCCCUGGUCCUAAAGGAGAUGGCAGAUCUGGAGAAGAGAUGUGAGCGCAGACUGCAGGACUGAGCCCUCAUUUGACUUGUCCCAUUCAGGUCAGGCUUGGACAGGCGCCUCAGAUGGUGCCAAAGUGCAGCUGACUGUUUCCAGGACAGCCCUGCCCUUCCCAUGAGGCAGGCUCUUCAGUGAGAGUUUAAAUGUAAUUAUGUAAUUUUCUGUUUAAUUGAAAAAGAGAGCUAUGCCUUUUUUUUCUUUUUUGGAAGUAAAGCGGCUAUAAACAACAUGUUUCUCUAGGUGGGUGUUAAACCUCACACCCUCCUCUUCCCUGUAUAUUUGUCUUUGCUGCUGGGUGUGGCCAUAUGUGGCCAGUUGAGGCCCUUCAUAGACACCAUACAAUUGCUUAGCCUGGCCCCAUGUAGCUGGGUACUUUUGUAGAUUUUGUAUUUCAGGUUGGGCAUUUUUAUUCUUCUGCCUUAAAUCCCUGACCUCACAGAGCUGAUGUUCUAGUGGGGCUGAAGGGAGGGGAAACAUUAUAAAAUAAACAAUAAAAAUUAA